AUGGUGGACAGCGUGUACCGCACCCGCUCGCUGGGGGUGGCGGCCGAGGGGCUGCCGGACCAGUACGCGGACGGCGAGGCGGCGCGCGUAUGGCAGCUCUACAUCGGCGACACCCGCAGCCGCACGGCCGAGUACAAGGCCUGGCUGCUCGGGCUGCUGCGCCAGCACGGCUGCCAGCGGGUGCUCGACGUGGCCUGCGGCACCGGGGUGGACUCCAUCAUGCUGGUGGAAGAGGGCUUCAGCGUGACCAGCGUGGACGCCAGUGACAAGAUGCUGAAAUACGCGCUUAAAGAGCGCUGGAACCGGCGCCAUGAGCCCGCCUUUGACAAGUGGGUCAUUGAGGAAGCCAACUGGAUGACUCUGGACAAAGACGUGCCCCAGCCACCAGAGGGCGGCUUCGAUGCUGUCAUCUGCCUUGGGAACAGUUUUGCUCACUUGCCAGACUGCAAAGGGGACCAGAGCGAGCACCGUCUGGCGCUGAAGAACAUUGCGAACAUGGUGCGGCCAGGAGGCCUGCUGGUCAUCGAUCAUCGGAACUACGACCACAUCCUCAGCACGGGCUGUGCACCCCCAGGAAAGAACAUCUACUAUAAGAGCGACCUGACCAAGGACAUCACGACCUCAGUGCUGACCGUGAACAACAAGGCACACAUGGUGACCCUGGACUACACCGUGCAGGUGCCGGGGGCCGGCCAGGAUGGUUCUCUCGGCUUGAGUAAGUUCCGGCUCUCCUACUACCCUCACUGUCUCACGUCCUUCACGGAGCUGCUCCGAGCAGCUUUUGGGGGCAAGUGCCAGCACAGCAUCCUGGGUGACUUCAAGCCUUACAAGCCGGGUCAGGCCUACAUCCCCUGCUAUUUCAUCCACGUGCUCAAGAGGACGGACUGA